CCCUUUUCAAACAAUAAAAAUUGAAUAAUUAAUUUCUCUUGUUUAUCGAAUUGUUAUUAAGAUAUAGUGGAAAAUGGAUUUAUUUGUGUUAGCGAAAUGAAGUCGAUAUGUCAUGGUUAAAGUUAAGUUGUUGUUUUUCGCGAAGGCAAGAGAGCUCUCAGGUAAAAAAGAGGCUCUUCUCGAUCUACCUCAAAGUUCGACCAGUUAUAAAGAGCUGUUAGAGGUUAUUGUCAAAGAGCACAGCUUGGAUUUGAUAAAGGCAAACGUGAUAUUGGCCCAGAACGAAGAGUAUAUUGAGACGGGCGAAGUCGAAUUGAAAGAAGGCGAUGAGAUAGCUGUAAUACCACCAUUGAGCGGCGGAUAGUAUGGACAGCAUCAUUCUGACAGAGGAGAACCUCAGCAUCGAGGAGGCAUGUCAGAGAGUUGGAGACAAUACGUGCGGAGCGAUAUCUACAUUUGUUGGUACGACUCGGGACAGCUUCGAGGGCAAGAGGGUCAUAAGCCUCGUCUACGAGACUUACAAGCCGAUGGCGGUGAAAGAAAUGGAAAAGAUCUGCGCACGCAUGAGACAGAGGUGGGAUG